UUUCCCUCAACUCACUCAUUCUUCUUCCCCUCUUCAUCCGCCAUAUUUACCUACUACCCCUCCAACCCCAACUCCAAACCAAACUCCAUCAACUCCUCCCACCAAACAAACCCACACAGCCAAAAUGUCCGUCCCCAACUUCUCCGCCGCCCUCGACGCCUCCAUCAAGAAGGAGAAGUUCACCCCCGAGGUCCAGGCCGCCGCUGCCAAGGUCGACAGCUCCGUCUUCUCCGACGCCAUCAAGGCCGUCCUUGGUGGUGAUGACACCGCCACCGUUGAGGGCGAGCAGGCUGUUGCCCUGAAGAACGCUUUCGAGUUUGCUGUUGCUGUUGUCAAGAUGCUGAAAUCGGAGCCUGGUAAUGAGGAUAAGUUGGCGCUCUACAAGUACUUCAAGCGCGGCAACAACCAGACUCCUGCUUCUCCUGGCAUGUUCGAUAUCCAGGGCAAGUACAAGUACAACGCAUGGAAUGAAAUCAAGCACAUCAGCGAGGCCAAGGCCCAGGCCGAGUACAUCAAGCAGGUUGACACUCUGAUUGAGAAGAUUGGAACGAGGGAGUAGAUUAUAAAACCUAAACCUACAAGAUCAUAUAUGAAAGGGAUAUCAUGUGGUGGAUGCAUUGUCUAUUAGCAAGAUGAGAUGAGUUAUGAGCUACUUACUACUCAACCAACUUACUGGCUAUUGAGCUGCUUGCA